AUGAACCUCAGCAGCUGCAACAUCACAGCCUAUGAAAACUUUCCACUUGUCCAGCUGUGUGUUUACAUUCCGGUUUUUCUUUUGGGCAUUUUGCUGAACAUGUUGGCGCUGUGGGUGUUCUGCUGCAAACUUAUCAAAUGGACAGAAACCAGAGUAUACAUGGUCAACUUGGCUGUGGCCGACUGCUUGCUGCUCUUUACUUUGCCUUUUAAAACGUUAUCCCAGUUCCAUCAGAUGAAGGUAGGUACAUGGUGCCUGGUUUUGGAAGGUGGCUAUUUCAUAAACCGCUUAAUGAGCAUUGGUAUCAUCACUGUCGUAGCAGCGGACAGGUACCUUGCAAUCAAGUACCCUUUGAAAUCCAAGGUGCUGAGGUCGCCACUGAAGGCAGCUUUUGCCUCUGGGUUUCUCUGGAUAGUCAUCAUCUGUGUGAUAUCCCUCAUUAAAAAGUUAGAGGACCGAGAACAAGAUGAAUUUUGCUUUGAAAAAUCUUCUGUUAAGCCCUCAGUGAUCACGCUGUGCGCUAUUAUUGUAGGGUUUUUUGUACCGAUGAUCAUCGUGAGCUAUUGCUCCGUAGAAGUCAUUGCAGAACUCACUAGAAAGAGGAAUGAAAACUGUCAUGAGGAAAACUUAAUGAGGAAAGCCGUCUACAUCGUGUCUGCAAACAUGGCUGUGUUCAUUGUGUGCUUUCUACCUCUUUAUCUCGGGCAUCUGCUUCGUUUUGUCAUGGACUCCACCAGCUCUAACUGCUCUGCAAUCCAGACGGUUAAUAAUUUUGUCCACCUCGCCUCGGUCCUCGCAAACACUAACUGCUGCCUGGAUGCUAUUUGUUACUACUUUGUCAACAAGGAAUUCAAGGAAGCAUCUCCCAAGCUAGCGAAGUCCAAAUCCGAAGCCAGUGGAAAAACUCAGUUUCCAUGCACAUCAUGUUAG